CAAUUUGUACCAAAAUCGGAAGGCCCAAGAUCCUAACCCGACUCGUGAAGCCUUCAUCCAACGGCGUCGUUUGACCCAUCUAUAAAUUUGUGAUUUUAGAGCGAACUUCCUCGGAUAAUCGACAUUCCACACUACUCACAAGAACUCAAAAUUAGGGUUUAUUCAUCCUACCCAAAAUCCUAAUUCGUCCCCCAUUCUUCCACCAUGGCUCGAAACGAAGAGAAAGCGCAGUCCAUGCUGAACCGUUUCAUCACCAUGAAAGAGGAGGAGAAGAAAAAGCCGAAGGAGCGCCGCCCCUACCUGGCGUCGGAGUGCCGCGACCUGGCGGAGGCCGACAAGUGGCGCCAGCAAAUCAUGCGCGAGAUCGGCCGGAAAGUCGCUGAGAUCCAGAACGAAGGCCUCGGAGAACACCGCCUCAGGGACCUGAACGACGAGAUCAACAAGCUCAUCCGAGAGAAGAUGCAUUGGGAGCGGCGCAUCGUGGAGCUCGGAGGGCCGAAUUACUCGAGGCAUUCCGCAAAGAUGACUGAUUUGGAUGGCAACAUUGUCGAUGUGCCUAACCCCAGCGGCAGGGGUCCCGGCUAUAGGUAUUUUGGCGCCGCCAAGAAGCUACCUGGUGUUCGCGAAUUGUUCGAGAAGCCUCCUGAGCUGCGGAAAAGGCGCACCAGGUAUGAUAUAUACAAAAGGAUCGAUGCAAGUUAUUAUGGUUAUAGGGAUGAUGAGGACGGCAUAUUAGAGAAACUAGAAGGACCAGCAGAGCAGAAGAUGAGGGCUGCAGCUGUGGCAGACUGGAAGGAGAUGGAGAAGAUAAAGCAGGAAGCAAGGAGAGCUGUGAAGAGUGGGGAGGUGGUGGAAGUGGGUGUUGUGUCAAAAAUUUUAUUUGAGGAGGAAGAGGAUGUGGUAGAGGAAGAGAGGAUGAAAGAGAAGGAGAAAGAGGAAAAGGAGAAGGAGAGGGAAUUUAUUGCCCAUGUGCCCCUGCCGGAUGAGGAGGAGAUAAAAAAGAAAGUACUGGAGAAGAAGAAGCAGGAAAUGCUGAGCAAGUAUACAAGCAGUGAGUUGCUAGAGGGGCUAAAUGAAUCAAGGUCCUUGCUUAAUAUCCAGAAGUAGAUGAUAGAGUAACUCAAGAGAUGCCCAAAAGUAUGUUAUGAGCGCUCCAUGUGUAUUAAGAUGGAUCUUACUCUGGCAAGAGUUUGAAGAUAGUGCUUCCUUCCGGUUGGCACAUUGUCUGCGACUAAGAUGUCAAAAAUGGUGCUUGCUUGUCGAGCCAUGAGUACAGUGGUGGGUUCGAUUCUAGAUCUGGCUAACUUCUUCCUUACAGCUAUAAUAGUGAAGUGGUUGCAAGUAGAUUUCAUUAACAAGUUCUUUUUCUGAGAAUCUAAACAAUGCACGAGUGGAGGGAUUCGAUUAUACAUAUAUGUUAGCACUUGAAUUUUGGUGAGUUGCAGAAUCGGCUUUACUCAAGUCAAGUGCUAGUGCCUUGUAAUGUAACAAUUAAAACUAACGAGCACGAGUUGAGAGGAUAACUGUUUUUGACAAUUGUUGUGCUUAUGUAAAAUUGAGCAAGGUUGUUUCUUGGAUAA